AUGCUUAGCCGUGCAGUCCUGCCUCUGACGAGGCCCAAUGUCCUUGCCUCCACAGUUCGUGUCUCGACUCUUCCCCUCUCCCACGCCCGAUGGUACGCAAAGGUCGGCAAGCCCAAGGCUCCUUAUAAGCUUCCCGAUUCCGUGAAGCCGCCUAAACCGGAGUCGACCUCAGCUUCCCAGCAACAAGAGCCUGCGCCAGAACAGCCCGAGUUCGACACCCCUGCCGAUGCGCAGAAGAAUUCCUCUCAGAAGACGUCUGAGCCUUCCACAACCCCCGAACAGGAUGCGGCGCCGCAGAAACCCCUCCCCGAUCUCACCCAGGGUAUCCCCUCAACCCUCGCGGCGGAAUUGGAGGCACGUCAGAAAAAGCGUGGACCGACUCCCCUGAACCUCACCGAAGAUCCCUCCCGUGCCGAGGAGGAAUAUACCGACGACGGCUCCGGCGGCGAGAUCCCCAGAGACCGUUACGAAUCCUCCCUCGACCGCCGACGGGCCCGUAUGGCCAACCUGAUGUAUGUGCUUUUCCUACUCGCCGGCGCCGGUGGAGUUGCAUACCUCGGCCGCAACUGGGAGACGGCGGAGGAAGAGGCGGCGCACCCGGAGACCCCAUCCGGAUGGGGACUCGGCCUCUGGUACAACCGGGUGAAGGCGCGGUUCAGCGAUCUUACCAGCUACUAUAAGGAUCCCGCCUUCCCGAAGUUGCUUCCCGACGAGGACCCCAACAUGCGCCAGCCCUACACGCUGGUCCUGAGUCUGGAGGAUCUUUUGGUGCACAGCGAGUGGAGCCGUGAACACGGCUGGCGUGUUGCCAAGCGGCCUGGUGUCGACUAUUUCCUUCGUUACCUUAACCAGUACUACGAGCUGGUCCUCUUCACCAGCGUGCCCAGCAUGAUGGCCGACCAGGUCCUCCGGAAACUCGACCCCUACCGUAUCAUCCGCUGGCCCCUGUUCAGAGAGGCUACCCGGUACAAGGACGGUGAAUACAUCAAGGAUCUCUCUUACCUGAACCGCGACCUGUCCAAGGUGAUCUUGAUCGACACCAAGGAAGAGCAUGCCCGUCUGCAGCCCGAGAACGCAAUUAUUCUGGACAAGUGGCUCGGUGACCCCAAGGACAAGACUCUGGUUGCGCUGAUCCCCUUCCUGGAGUACAUGGCCGGUAUGGGCGUGGAUGAUGUGCGGACCGUCCUGAAGUCGUUCGAGGGCACUAACAUCCCCGUCGAGUUCGCCAAGCGUGAGAAGGCCAUGCGCGAGCGGUUCGAAAAGGAACUGGCCGAGGAGCAGAAGAAGCGGCCCAAGGUGGGAAUGGGCAGCUUGGCUUCUGCUCUUGGACUGAAGUCCACGCGCACCCUCGACGGCGAGCAGUCUCCUUCGGAAGGUCUUGCCCAGGGUAAGAUGCUCUGGGACCAGAUCCGGGAGCGUGGCCAGAAGAACUAUGAGAUGAUUGAGAAGGAAAUCCGCGAGAACGGAGAGAAGUGGCUGGCAGAGAUGGCCGCCGAAGAGGAGAAGGCCCGCCAGGAGCAGAUGGCGCAGAUGAAGGGUUCUUUCACCAGCAUGUUCGGUGCUGGCAAGAACUAA